CAUCCCUCCCGAGUUCCCGCGCCAAGUGUGGCAGCCACUGGAAUGAGAGCUUUCCCGCCAACAUUACCACUUCAAUUGAUUCUCCUCCUCAUCUUCUCGCUGCGGCGAAUCGACGCGCUUCCGCAUUGGUGGCAAUAAUGAAGCGUCAAGCAUCGAUACUCUCCUUUCUGAAGAAACCCUCGCCGGGGGACCAACGAUCCGGCGGAGCUCCAUCCGGCGGCCACCAAGCUGCUCCGCUUCAGCGCAAUAAAACUGCUCCCCCGCCUACUAAGCUUGAGGCACCUCCGACCAACUUAGACUUCACUGAAGAGAUCCGGAGCAUAGAGACUCCUCCGGAGAAAGUACCGCGCCAGAUAUUCCCGACGAACGACGACGAUGUGGGAACUAAGCCUUCGAUUUUUGCGAGUAUUAAGCACAAGUUCGUCAAAUUUGAUGGCGGACUAAAAUCGUCUGACAGGAGCCUACGAAAUGGCGGUUCAUUAAAGAUGUCUUCUGUUUCUUGUGGAAGCGAAAGGUCAGAUGUACAUGUUGAUGCGUCUUUGGGUAAACUCUUAACAAAGGAAAAUGCUGAAGGUUUCAAAAAAACAGUCAUGCAAGGGGACAAUAGGAACUCCUUUGUUAUUGAGACCAAUGAUGAUGUUCUUGAACCUGAAACACCAGACAAACGUCCUUUGGUUCCUCGAUUUAAGCGAGUUCAUGAUGAUGCUUUCAGUCUUCCGGACAAGGGUGAAUGUUUUGCCUUGAAUAUGAACAAGAGGGUUAGAACCCAAAAGGAUUUUGUUGGUGUUUGUAAGAGCCUUAAUAUGGAAUCUGAAGUGACUAGCAAGUUUGAAUGGCUUCAUCCUUCUCAAAUUAGAGAUGCUAAUAGUAGAAGACCAAGUGAUCCUUUAUUUGACAAAACAACGCUUUAUAUUCCCCCGGAUGCUUUGAGAAAAAUGUCGGCUACUCAGAAACAGUAUUGGGAGGUCAAAUGCCGAUAUAUGGAUGUGGUGCUUUUCUUUAAAGUGGGAAAGUUUUAUGAGCUUUAUGAACUGGAUGCUGAUAUUGGCCACAAGGAGCUCGAUUGGAAGAUAACCUUGAGUGGUGUAGGAAAAUGUAGACAGGUUGGCAUACCAGAAGGUGGGAUUGAUGAUGCUGUCCAGAAGUUGCUAGCUCUAGGGUACAAAGUCGGGCGAAUGGAACAGCUAGAAACCUCGGAGCAGGCCAAAUUUCGGGGUUCUACUUCUGUUAUUCAAAGGAAACUUGUUAAUGUACUUACACCUGCCACUACAAGUGAGGGUAACAUUGGGCAUGAUGCUGUUCAUCUUCUUUCCAUAAUGGAGGGCCGUUUGGGUUCCGAGAAUGGUUCCACUUCAUUUGGAUUUGCUUUUGUUGACUGUGCUGCAUUGAAAAUUUGGGUUGGUUCAAUCAGUGAUGAUGCAUCAUGUGCAGCUUUGGCGGCUUUACUAAUGCAGAUAUCUCCCAAAGAAGUUAUAUAUGAAUCUCACGGACUCUCAAAAGAAGCUCAUAAAGCUUUGAAGACAUACUCAUUAUCAGGCACUGCUGCUCCACAACUGACUGCAAUUCAACCAGAGAGUAAUUCGGUGGAUCCUUCUGAAGUUAGAAAUCGCAUUCAAUUGAAAGGAUACUUUGAAGGAUCUUUUAAUAGGUGGGAUCAUGUCUUUGAUGGAGUAGUGCAUCAUGAUCUUGCAUUAUGCGCUUUUGGUGGGCUUGUCAGUCAUUUAGAGCGGCUAAUGUUAGGUGAUGCCUUACGUAAUGGAGAUAUCCUUCCAUAUGAAGUUUAUCAAGGUUUCCUUAGAAUGGAUGGACAAACACUUGUCAAUCUUGAAAUUUUCAACAAUAGUGCUGAUGGUGGUCCAUCAGGCACUCUUUACAAGUAUCUUGACAACUGCAUAACAUCAUCUGGUAAGAGGAUUUUAAGGAGGUGGGUAUGUCAUCCACUAAAAGAUAUUGAUACAAUUAACAUCAGACUUAAUGUGGUUGAGCAUCUUAUGACAUGUUCGGAAACUAUUUCAUCUGCUGCUCAAUAUCUUCGCAAGCUUCCUGAUAUAGAAAGGUUGCUUGGACGUGUCAAAGCCAGUAUCAAGUGUCCUGCAGAACUUCUGCUGCCUACAAUCGGGAAAAAAAUACUGAAACAACGAGUGAAAGUGUUUGGCUCACUUGUUAAAGGGAUGCGGAUUGGAAUGGAUUUCCUGAUGUUAUUGUGGAAGGACGAGAAUCUGAGCUCUUUAUUAUCUAAAGUCUUCAGUCUGCCAGUUUUAGUUGGUACUGUUGGCUUGAGUAAAUUCCUUGCCCAAUUUGAAGCAGCCAUUGACAGUGACUUCCCAAAGUACCAGGAUCAUGAGAUAGCUGAAACAGAUGCUGAGACCCUAUCAAUCCUAAUGGAGUUAUUUAUUGAGAAGGCUAAAGAGUGGUCACAAGUCAUUAAUGCCAUCGGUUGUGUUGAUGUGUUAAGGUCUUUCGCAAUUACUGCGACAUUAUCUAAUGGAACUAUGUGUAGGCCAAUGCUCUUGCCUAUUUCCGAGUCGAGACACGAGGGACCUGUGCUGGAAAUGAAAGGCUUGUGGCACCCUUAUGCCUUAAGUGGUGAUACUGGCGGAAUGCCUGUCCCUAAUGACCUCCAACUUGGAGGAGGGGAGACAGGUCAAAGAAACGGUCAUACUUUACUCUUGACUGGGCCAAAUAUGGGAGGGAAGUCCACCCUUUUACGUGCCACUUGUUUAGCUGUUAUAAUGGCUCAGAUGGGUUGCUAUGUGCCAUGUGAAGCUCUUACUCUCUCUCUUGUGGACACCAUCUUCACGCGUCUUGGGGCCACUGACCGAAUCAUGACGGGCGAAAGCACGUUCUUUAUUGAGUGUACGGAGACUGCAUCGGUCCUGAAAAAUGCAACCCAGAACUCACUUGUUAUUCUUGAUGAAUUAGGCCGAGGGACGAGCACUUUUGAUGGAUAUGCUAUAGCAUAUGCUGUAUUUCGUCAUCUUGUAGAAACAGUGAACUGCCGCCUUCUGUUUGCCACGCACUAUCACGCUUUGACAAAGGAGUUCGCCUCUCAUCCUCACGUGAUCUUAAACCACAUGGCUUGCUCUUUCCAGACGGGCCCCGGAAACCGAGAGGAGCUGGUUUUCCUAUACCGCCUGGCGAGUGGGGCCUGCCCCGAGAGCUACGGGAUGCAAGUGGCCCUCAUGGCAGGCAUCCCGAAACACGUGGUCGACUCUGCAUCCAGAGCUUCUAGAGUGAUGAAGAAGAAGAUGAGAGAGAGUUUCAGGUCAUGCGAGCAGCGGGCCCACUUCUCCACUCUGCACGAGGAGUGGUUGAAAUUUCUCUUCGCCACCUCCGGGUUGAGCGUGAGGGAGCUCGACGAUGAUACAAUUGAUACGUUGUUUUGCACGUGGUACGAGAUGAGAAGCGCCGGUGGGUUGGGUUAUGCUGGUGUAGAAAAGGAAAGAAAGCCCCAGCCCCAGGUUUACUGCCCCUAAGUAAACUGAAGUAGACUGAACUCUGAAGUAGUGUAGUAAAUUUAUAAGGUUGGGAAGAAUAUAUGAGCCGCAAAAAACUGUUUGAGCGAGCUAAAUAUAUUCCUGUGAAAACAAACUAUUAUGCUCCCUGCAGGUGUGUAAUUAUCAGUUUGAUUCCAACUGAACGUUGUUACAGAGUACUUAAUAUUUUCAAUUAAACUAUACAUCCGGAU